CACAAAGUCAAAAUCUGCAGGCUUUAUAUCUCUCCCUACGCAUAUACAAGAAGCCAAACUGCAGCCAUGGUAAUACCAACGAGGCCUUCAAAAGCAUUAAUGGAGAAUGAUAACACUCAUGAGGAAAAGUCUUUUCUUGGCAAAACAGAUGUCGAAGACAAUACUGUGAAAUCUGAUGGUGAUCAUGAAGAGGGUACUCCCAUGGAGACAACGAAGGGAGGACAUGGGUGGGAUGUUGAACCCGACUUGAAGCCUCCUCCUACUGGAAAAGAUAGAGCCCUUGUCAACCACAACCAGGAUCAUGAGCUGCAAUCAACAAAAGCAGAAAUGGUAGAGGUUAGGGAAGAAAACGAAAAGCUAAAGCUGUUAUUAUCCCAAAUGUCGAGGGAUUACCAGUCUCUCCAGAUGCAUCUUUAUGGCCUUCUUCAAAAUGAAGAAGAAACUAAGAAAUGUACCGAUGCUAGUAGUAGCAGUACUGCUCGUGAUUUUACGCAUGAGCAAAAUAUUGAAGAAGAUGAUGAUCUAGUAUCUCUUAGCCUUGGGAGAACCUCAAGUAGUAUUGAUCAGCCAAGAAAGGAUGGUCGGAUCAAAAAUAUUAGCCAAUUGAGUUCUACUAAUGGAAAAGAUGACGAUGAUGAUGAUAAAAUGCUGCAUGGAGCUGGACUUGCACUGGAGUUGGGCUGCAGAUCUGAACCAGCCGCUGAUCAGUCAACUGAUAAUAGCUCUGGAGGCCCGAAGGAAGACGACCUGACUGAGAUAUGGCCGCCUAGUAAGACGUUGAAGACGACGAGAAGUGGAGAGGAUGAGGUUUCACAGCAAACCCAUUUAAAGAAAGCUAGGGUUUCUGUCAGAGCUAGAUGCGAUGCUCCCACGAUGAAUGAUGGAUGUCAAUGGAGAAAAUAUGGACAGAAGACAGCAAAAGGAAAUCCAUGCCCUAGAGCGUACUACCGUUGCACAGUAUCACCGUCUUGCCCUGUGAGAAAACAGGUGCAAAGAAGUUCCGAGGACAUGUCCAUACUAAUCACAACCUACGAAGGAAGCCACAACCACCCACUUUCAAUGUCAGCCACAGCUAUGGCAUCGACCACCUCCGCCGCCGCUUCCAUGCUUCAGUCUCACUCAUCCACCUCUCAACAAGGCCUCUUCAACUCCGCCACCGCGCCCAUCUCCGCCUCCACUAAUCUCCAAGGACUAAACUUAAGUAGUACUAGUACUCUCUCUCAAAAUUCAAGGCUACCACAGCAACAUUUCUACUUCCCCAACAGUUCAGUCUCAACCAACAAUUUCCACCCAACUAUCACUCUUGAUCUCACCGACCCAACUCCCUCUCAUUUCGGAAGAUUCCCCUUGGCCUCGGGCAGCAGCUUUUCUUCCAACCCAAGAUAUCCUUCAACAUCUCUCAACUUUUCGUCUUCUUUAGACCACAAUAACACAUUGCAGUUGCAAUCUCCUUGGAACAGCAUCAGUCACACAGCCUCUGGAUAUUUCAAUUAUGGGAAUAGAAUUAACCAAGUUGGAUCAGCCCUAAACAUCGUAAAGCAACCAAUCUUUCAAGAACAUAAUAAAUUGUACCAAUCCUACAUACAAAAUCAAAACGCCUUUCCUCCUCCUCCUCCCCUUAAUCAUCCUCGGAUGCGAACCGACUCAAUAGCCACCGCCACAAAGGCAAUCACAUCAAACCCGAACUUUCAAUCGGCUUUGGCAGCUGCACUUACAUCAUUUAUUGGCAAUGCGGGUACUAGCAGCACUACUGGGAUCAGAGAAAACCAUCAAAGUGGGACUAUUGUAGAAAGGUCUCCUGGGCUGAAAUUGAAGCGGGGUGAGUCGUUGACGUCGAAUUCAAUAUCCCAUCAAGCCAAAAUGGAAUAGGGUGUGCAUCAAGCUACUUGAACAAAUCUUUGUGACUUUUUAUUCAUUAUUUUUCUUUGGUUAGUUACUAGGCAUGGCGUAAUGUAAAUUGCAUAAGGUGUUAUAUACACAAUGUAAGAACUAAUACAAAUGGUAAAAUUUUAGGGAACUAUUUGUUGACA